AUGGGUUUCCUGGGCGUUGCGCACCCGGUCAAGCACAGGCACCUCUCUCUCAGCGUCACGCUGCGCCUGCUGGAGGCCAUGUGGGUGGCGCGGGAGCGGACUACCGCGGAGAAGACGCGCCUGCGGCAGUUCUUUUUUGAAUGGCUGCGUACACAGGCAGCGGACGUUGCAGAGGCCAAGGCGCUGGGCGUCAACAUAUUAGACACGUGCCAGCUGAACCUGCACCACCCCGAGUGCCGUGCGCUGCUGCUGAUUCUACGGGGAUAUGUGCCAGAGGAAAUUGUUCACGUGUGGCGUCGCCGACUGACUCAGCUGCAGCUGCCCGCCCAGGUGUCACCGACAACGUUGUUGGACAAGAUGCCUUACGAGGACUUCUUCGCACACGUGCGGGCCGUCUGCCCGGAGAAGUCGAUUGCCAAUAUGCUGCAGCUGCGCUUCACUCUGUACCGCCACUGCGACAGCACCGACUUCCAAGUGACGCUGUCGGAGGUUUUCCAGGAUGACUCGUACUUUGUGAGGCUUCUAAAGCUGCAGUGGCUGCAGGAGGUGGAGGCGUUUACGCUGCUGGCCAUCGAAGGCAUCCGCGAGGUGGCGGAUGAGAAGCGCAACGUUGUGUCUCUCGUGAAGGCGAUGAACGUCAUGCGCCGCCUCGACCCUGCGUUGGGCGACGAGGUGGUGCACAAGUACAUUUCGCAGGGCUGCCAAAAACCGGUCAUUGAUGUGGCUACCGCAGACGAGGGAACGAUGGUGCAUCUCAACGAGAUGCUUGCGCGGUUCCGCUCAACCGUGUUGCUGCGACGCUGCAGUCCUGAAGACGCAGUCGCUUAA